CGAGUUCUUUCACUUUAUUUGAUGGAAAUGUUUCGCACAAAGGCAACUUCACUUACUUACCUUCACCCCACGACUUAUCAGGGAACCAGCGACAACUUUUUUAUUUCCAGUUCCUAUUACUUGUGGCGCAUGUUUUCAGCUGCGUAAGACAACACCUAAUUUUUAGAGUUUCAACUUUUCCUAGCAACAUCUGAACUUUUUUACGUAGAAAUUCUAAACGAACCGCAACAGCAUGGCGCCCAAGAAGAAGGAUGAGAAGCCGGCGUACUCCGUCGAACUGCGGUUCGGGCGCACGAAGGCGAAUCUGAAGAUGGGUAUUGUUGGCUUGCCGAACGUGGGAAAGUCCUCCUUUUUCAACCUUCUCACCAAACAAGCGGCGGAAGCAGCAAACUUUCCCUUUUGCACCAUCAAGCCGAACGAAGGCAGGUGUAAGGUGCCGGACCCAAGGUAAGUGCUUUUUAAUACGAUAAGUCGUGCUGCGGACGAGGCAGUGGAUCACGUUGUGGGAGAUGAGGAUGACCAAAAGUUCUUGCAUAGUGUCUGUGAUUUCCAGCAUGAAGUAGAUAAAAAAAUGCAUCUCGUCAUAUGCAAAACAAACUAACAUUUCUGUCACCCUCAACGCAGAUUCGAGAAGCUCGUUGACAUGUGGAAGCCGAAAUCCAUUGUCCCAGCGUACCUGAAUAUCACCGACAUCGCUGGCUUGGUCAGAGGGGCACACGAGGGUGCAGGGCUCGGGAACGAUUUCUUAUCACACAUCCAGGCGGUGGAUGGUAUUGAUGCGUUAAUUUUUAUCAUGCGCCUACCUCCGAAUCUGGACUAUGCUUUUCUAUCAUGCAUGGCAUACUCAGUUGUAAGACGAAGACCACUAAGUAGAAUCACAUUCACUUUCGCCUUGAGUAAACUGCAAUUGCGAUAUUACGUAUUUUCAGCAAUACACACUCCCAGGUAUCUACCACAUGAUCCGACUUUUUGAGGAUCCCGAUGUGACCCACGUCGAUGACAGCGUUGACCCCGUCCGGGAUCUCGAAACCAUCACUUUCGAAUUGUGCCAAAAGGACUUGGCGUAUAAUAAUCUUUUGGCUUUCUUGCAUCGCAGAGUUUGGCUUGUAGUUGUUCAAUAGGUUGUUUACUACGCAUCUUCACAAACUACACGACGAAUGUCAGAUGUCACUGAAGAUAUGAUGCAAAGCGCUUUUCAUGCAUGGUCUUCAAACGAAUGAAAAUUCAAAUUGAACAACUCCGAAUCUCUAUCAGCACCUACGACCGCAUUAUCGACGCCUACGUCGUUGCCCAGAAGCGGGCCCAAAAGAAGAUUCCAGAGGAGUGGACCGCUUGCAUGGACAAAGUGAAAGACUACUUGCAGAAGAACAUGUUGCUUUCCAAGCAAACCUGGACGCCGUAUGAAGUGGAAAAAAUCAACGAAUUUUUGCCGACCCUAAUCACAACCAAGCCGGUGGUCUACCUUUUGAACCUGAGUGAAAAGGGCUACAAGACCAAGAAGAGCAAGUGGUAUUAAAAGAUGAUCCAUGAUACUGUCUUCAGUUCCGUUGUCUAGUCUUACUGAAUAAGAAUACGGCCUGUAUUUUAUGUGGAGGUGUCGUGUGCGAGUGCGUUACGGGCAUCCCACUUCUACAUUGCAUUUCAAAAAGCACUUUGCAUGAGAAACUAACAAUGUAAGACACACAGAAAGAACUGCCUUUGAAUAUCAAAACAGGCUCCCAAAAGUGUUUAACUGGAUUAACGAGCACGGCGGGGGUACCAUGAUUCCGAUUUCUGUCGACUUCGAACAGCAGCUCUUCGAUGCCAAAGACAACCCGGAAACUCUUGCCGCCCUGAAGGCUGAAGAGGGGAACACGGACUCCCAACUGGACAAGAUUAUCAAAACCGGUUACUCAGAGCUGAACUUGAUGUACUUUUUCACCUGUGGCGAAGACGAAGUGCGGGCAUGGACGGUACCAAGAGUCGUCCUCUUUGUCGUGAAGAUCAUGCGCAAGAAAUGCUGAUAGGAGUUCUUGUACGUCGUGCGCCAUAAUAUCGCCCUUUUCCUUUGCAGAGUAAAAACUGUGAUCGUGUUUUACUUCAUUUACAUUAUUUUUUAUCUAUCAGGUUUACAAGGGCGCGACCGCCCCGAACUGCGCCGGCGCGAUCCAUACCGAUAUGGAGCGGUGCUUUAUCAAGGCGGAGACUUGCACGUACGACGAUUUCCUUGCAAGCCAGGAGGAGGGCCGAAAGGCGUCUAUGGCGGGUGUGAAAGCGGCUGGUAAGUACAAGAUGGAGGGAAAGCAGUACGUGGUCAAAGACGGUGACAUCCUUCACAUCAUGCACAACGCGAAGAAGUAAGCAGGUGGGCGUGCGACAGGACGUCGGCGGCAGAUUCAAUAGUUUCAUUUCAACACUUGGUAAAAAAACACGAAAUAAAUGCCUUUCCUCGUCGAAAAAGUGUCACCAUAAAAAUGUCCAUUAUUUGCCGCUGAAGUUUGAAAUGAAAUUAUCUGAUUAUUUGCGAUGAUGUGCGACCCACGUGCACCACCAGCUGCACCCACGCAUCCAAGAUGUUGUUUGAGGCCAAAGAACUGGAGGUUUCCGAGUACACUAAACGCAACGCAACAACUUCUCUGACCCAGUAGAGGACAAGAAGUUUUAACUAAUUUAUUGCUUAUAUUUAUCAGAUUGGAAUUUUC